AGAACUAUAUAUUUAUAUGUAUAUAAAUAUUUCACCAUGUGAAAGGGUUUUCAAAGGCUACUGCACAUAUAACUAAGUCAUUGAACUUUAGUGAUUUUUAAGAAUCUAGUAUGUCUCGUCAUAUGUAUGAGAGACCCUCUACCACACGAGCUGGGGAUUAAGCAGAGACCAUUGAAACACGAUUGGAUUGGAAUCUGCGUCUAAAAAUACUGAGCACUCAAGACUUAAUCCACUAACAGCAGUGAAUGGGGCUCACAUCACCUUGUACCAUCAAGAGACAAUGGCUAGAACGUCAUGGAUCGUCAUAGACCAUUGAACAUUUUUACACAAGCCAUUUUACCUGCCUAAAUCCGCAGCUGUGUUACAGAAUAAUGGGACAAUCACAGGGCGCGGAGAACAGUGAAGUAGCUCUUUCUCAGAUUCAAGAGAUGUACAAGAAGUUUGCAAGUGAGUGCCCAAGUGGAAACCUGCACCUGCAUGAAUUCAAACGGCUCUUCGGGAUCACCUGUGACUCAUCUGUUGAAGAAUCUGCCUACAUGGAGAAUUUGUUUAGAUCAUUCGAUGCUAAUCAUGAUAACACGAUAGACUUUAUGGAGUAUGUGGCUGCACUGCAUCUGGUCCUUCGUGGCAAGCUUGAGGAUAAACUGAAGUGGUCUUUCAAAGUUUAUGACAGGGAUGGAAAUGGACGACUGGACAGAGAAGAGGUGGCACAUGUAAUUGAGAUAAUCUACAAAUUAAGAAAAUAUGAGAACCCUUCAGACCCUGAAGAACUCAAUCCAGAUCAGAUAAGUGACAGGAUCUUUGAGCUUGUUGAUCUAAAUCAUGAUGGUCAGAUUUCAUUGGAGGAGUUUAUAGAAGGAGCAGAGAGAGACACGUGGGUGAUGGAGCAGCUUAGGCUUGACCUACGGCCCACUCGCUGGUUCAUCAAACACCAGAAUAAAAAUUACUGAAGCCUACCAAAGAAACAGAAACUCUGACUUAAGGAAAACGAUAAGCUUUUAAAUAAUAAACUUCUUGAACACUUUA